AUGUCAACAUCACCACCACCCCCAAACCCACUCUCCGACUUCCAAAAAAUAGGCCACAACACCUACCUCUGGACCUCACCAGCAUACCUCUCCCAACCCGCCCAACCCGAUACCCCAUUGAUCCUACUUUUCUCCUGGAACUCGGCAGCCGCAAAACACAUUGCCAAGUACACCGUCGCCUAUCAAAAACUCUUUCCAUCAUCCCGCAUCAUCCUAAUCCGAUGUUUCACUCCCGACUUGUUCCGCCGCGCCACAGCAUACGCUCCAUUGCUAAAACCCGCCAUGGAUCUUGUAGCCGAGCAUGCGAAGCUGGGGGGAGAGGUGCUGGUGCAUAGUUGGUCGAAUGGCGGCGGUUACCAAGUCAACGAGAUGGCCAAGGCGUGGUUAGCACAGCACGGCGAAAGACUGCCCAUGCGGGCGCAAAUACUAGAUUCCGCGCCGACAAAAGGGCCGUGGAUGCAGAGUCAUGCGGCGAUGACGGCGUCGUUUCCUCGCACGAUGUUUUGGCGGUGGUUCGGGGGGUUGGCGGCGCAUUUGCUGCUGUUGGCUACGUAUGUGGUGAAUUUUGUUAGAAGGAAGGAGAAUCGGAUGGUUGUGCUUUGUCGGGAGUUGAAUGACGAGCGCGUGUUUGAUAGGGGGGUUCCGAGGGUGUAUUUGUAUAGUCGGGCGGAUUUGAUGGUGGGUUUUGAUGAGGUGGAUGAGCAUGCGAAUGCGGCGAGGGCAAAGGGGUGGGAUGUGACCAAGGUGCAGUUUGAGAAGAGUGCGCAUUGUGGGCAUGUUAGGGAGGAUGAAGGGAAGUAUUGGGGGGCGAUUAUGGAGGCAUGGAAAAAGGGGCCUAAGGAUGAUUCGUGCUGA